UAAUAUUCACACGUUAACGUAGCCUACUGAUGAUGGAACUUAGACAGUAGCCUUUAGGUAAAUGUAUGAAUCAUUACUCCAUUACUUUUAUAAAAAUCAUGCAGUAAAAACGUUUAUUUGAACAGAAGACAUACUCUAUAAUGUUUUAUUUUAAGAAUAGUCCGGGUGGUUAGAUCCAUGCCCGCAGACAGUUACGUACUAAAUGAGCAUUCCAAGACUUGUUUCACAAACUAAACAAUUCGCCACGACUUGUUCUCUCCCUGUGUGUCAGAGUCUCUCUCUCAGACCAGUGGACAGAAUGCAUUUACCCUAAAACCUCUGUGGUUUAAAGUUUCGUGAAGUUAGAGAAGUCCGACUUCAAUUUUUGUACUAACGCCUCCCCAUCCGUGCGUAAUGGUGCGGGACUGCGCCGCAGAUGUUUGUGUGCAGGAAUGCUUUUAUACUUCUUGAGGUUGGGGUUCGGGUUGAAUUUUAUACGAAUUAGUAUGUUGUAGGCCAACGACUGCACAUAUGAAGGUGCAGGCCGACCUCUCUUGUUCUAAACAACCACAAGGCAUCUAAACAGUUCCAGGCUCCGGCUGUGAGUUAGUUGAUCUGUACCUCCCUGAACUCUCCGAUUAGCCGGGCAGGCAGCUGUCGUCAUCAGCAGCACCCCCGGUUUUUCCCCUUUCCUAAAUGGAUGGGGCUGUCCUGCUUCAUGCACAGUUCCACGGAAGCCAAAAGAUUGGAACAACUUGUGAAUUCACCCGUCAGUUUGGUUUGCGUUUGCGGUAACGUUCAGAAGAAUGCUCGACGUCGGUUUCGCUGAAGAAGUUAAAGAUUGAGAAGUUUUUUUUUCUUUCUCAUAAACUGUGCGGCGUUCACAGGACUGGAGCAGGAGAGGAGGGAGAGGAGGGAGAGGGAACAGCGGUUUGCCUACUACAACGUUUACAAUAGAAAGGAAACUUCAACUCCGGUGAGGAGUGGACUGAAGUGAAGUGGCAGCUCGUAAUUCCACAAUGGCUUUCGCUCUGGAUUGUAUAUAUUUAUUGAUGUGCUGUUCUCUCAGCUUGAUAUUUUUAGAUCACAAACAUACUGUGAAAUCACAUGAACACCUCUCUGGAAAGUUAAGUGAAUAUGGUCUUAUCGUGCCGUUCAGCACAGACUCCCACGGCCGCUACAUCUCCCACGUGGUCUCAGUCUCAGGAGCCUGGGCCUCAGCUGCAACGGGAGAAAGUGAAAGUGAAGGUGCUGAUGCAGGUGGUGGUGCUGGUGCUUCCUCAUCCCCUGGUCCGGGAAAGAGGCGUGUGUCCCGUAGCGUCCCCGAGACUCCCUCUAUCACCUCUGGCGCAGGCCAACACCUGUUUUUCAACGUCACUGUGUUUGGGAAAGAGUUGCACCUUCGCCUCAAAGCAAACAGGAGGCUGGUGGCUCCGGGGGCAUUUGUGGAAUGGCAGGAGGACUUCGAGGAGAAGGAUAAGGAGCGUCUCCACGGAGACUGUGUUUUCACUGGAGACAUAUCCCACAUGCCAGAGGCCACUGUUGCCAUAAGCAACUGUGAUGGACUGGCAGGCCUGAUCCGGACUGAUAACGGGAGUUUUUCAUCGAGCCUCUGGAGAAGGGUCAGCAGGAUGUGGAGGUGAAAGGUCGUGUCCAUGUGGUCUACAGGAGAUCUGCCAUCAAAAGUGAACCAGUCCAAACAAGGAAGGACCUCCCCAAUGAAGUGACAGACUUUGGGAUUGCUGACCUCCCCGGUGCUCUGGACCUCUUGGAGCUCAAGCUGACAGAGUCUGAGCGCAAACGGCGGCACGCCAAGAAGGACGACUACAACAUCGAGGUGCUGCUGGCUGUGGACGACUCUGUGGUGCGCUUCCAUGGCAAGGAGCACGUACAGAACUAUGUCCUCACACUCAUCAA